GGGCUUGUGCUCUACAUCUGACAGCGAUGGACUGGGCUCUGCAUGACGUCACUGGUCCCCUGUGCUCCGCCAGUCAGUAAGCGCAGGGAUGCUCUGAACGUAAGACUGCAGCAUCUUCUACAACGAGGCCACAAAAUUACAUCUCCUUCUAGAUUCUACUCAGUAUUUUCCCCUCCUGGACCAUCCUGACGAAUCCACCCCCAUUGCCCACCAAAAUCGAACUGAAAGGCAGCUCUUCAUGCACGAACCGCGGACCCGCUUGAACACAAUAUUUUUUUGUUUUGCCACCUUCCUUUCCCCUUAAUUUAUUUGGGUCGCUUGGCAUGGCCAUUUGUGUGUUCUGAAUUGCUUGUUUUGGUGUCAGCGUCUAUGUGGAGAACGUCAUCGCGCCGUGGGGAGGAAUAACAACCCGUGCAACGCAUUUGAAACGAAGGAACAAUCGUGACCGACACCUUGCAUAUCCGGGGAGCUGGAGAGAACGCAUCGGUUCAUUGGAUUUGUAUUGAUGUGACGUUUCUCUGCACUAUCGCUUUUCUCGAGAGAAGGUUGGGACAAACAGCCCCAGAUUUCGCUGUAGCUUAUCCUCUCCGCGCCGCCUGAAAAGGGAGGAUAGCAGACGCACCCGGAGGUUCUCGAACGGAAGAAACAGCGUUUGUUGAAUAACUGGCAAAUAACGCAUAGCUAAAAACACGUCCACAGUCAUAGCCCGUAGCAUUGAUAAGUUGCGUCAAGGGGUAGCCUGAAAAAAGCGAGCGGUUUCAUCCACGCUACUAUGAAAAUGAUGGCCGGCGGGGCAGUGCAGCAAAACGGGAUUUUUUCCAAUCCUCACCAUCACAAUCAGCAGCCACACAUGGAGUCGGAUCCCCCAGAUUCUCGCAAGAGACCUCUGGAGACGCCGACCGAGGCCAGCAGCACUAAACGCACAAACACUGGAGGUAGUGUGAGUGGACCGUAUGCCCAACUGUGUCAAAACGUCUCUUUCUCAGAGGACUGCUGCGAUAACGUCACUCUCACGCGCUCCCCGACAGGCUGGCUUGAGGAGGGCGAGUACUUCCUUAAGGUGCUGAUUCCCAGCUACGCGGCUGGCUCCAUCAUCGGCAAGGGAGGCCAGACCAUCGUCCAGCUCCAGAAGGAAACUGGCGCCACCAUCAAAUUGUCCAAAUCCAAAGACUUCUACCCAGGAACCACAGAGCGCGUGUGCCUGAUCCAAGGCACAGUGGAGGCUCUUAACUCCGUCCACAACUUCAUCGCCGAGAAAGUGCGCGAGAUGCCGCAGAGCGCCCAGAAGACAGAGCCCGUCAGCAUACUGCAGCCGCAGACCACCGUCAACCCCGACCGCGUCAAACAGGCCAAGUUGAUCGUCCCCAACAGUACGGCGGGCCUGAUCAUCGGCAAGGGCGGCGCCACCGUGAAGGCAGUGAUGGAGCAGUCGGGCGCCUGGGUGCAGCUGUCCCAGAAGCCCGAGGGCAUCAACCUGCAGGAGCGCGUGGUGACUAUCAGCGGCGAGCCAGAGCAGAACCGCAAGGCGGUGGAGAUCAUCGUGCAGAAGAUCCAGGAGGACCCCCAGAGCAGCAGCUGCCUGAACAUCAGCUACUCCAACAUCACGGGCCCCGUGGCCAACUCCAACCCCACCGGCUCACCCUACGCCAACUCCACCGAGGUGAUGCCGGCUGCAGCGGCUGCGGCAGCUGCCACGGCCUCCUCUCUCCUGGGCCAGGCCAGCUUGGCCGGGGUGGGCGCCUUCCCCACAGCCAUGGCGUCCAGCUUCUCAGGUAACGACCUGCUGGCCAUCACCUCAGCGCUCAACACGCUAGCCAGUUACGGCUACAACACCAACUCGCUCGGCCUGGGGCUGAACCCGGCGGCUGCGUCCGGGGUGCUAGCUGCCGUUGCCGCUAGCGCCAACCCUGCUGCCGCCGCCGCCGCCAACCUGCUAGCCUCGUACGCUAGCGACGCGUCCACGAGUGCGGGUCACCCGGCGACUGCGCUGGGUGGCUUCACGCUGGGGUCUCUGGCCGCCGCCACGGGCGCGACCAAUGGCUACCUGAGCGCCGCGUCCCCGCUAGUCGCCAGCUCACUCCUCGCCACAGAGAAGCUGGCCGAGGGUGCCAAGGACGUGGUGGAGAUCGCGGUGCCCGAGAACCUGGUGGGCGCCAUCUUGGGCAAAGGCGGGAAGACGCUAGUGGAGUACCAGGAGCUGACCGGCGCCAGGAUCCAGAUCUCCAAGAAGGGCGAGUUCAUCCCGGGCACCCGCAACCGCAAGGUCACCAUCACCGGGUCGCCAGCGGCAACGCAGGCCGCCCAGUAUCUCAUCAGCCAGCGAAUCACGUACGAGCAAGGAGUACGCGCCACUAACCCCCAGAAGGUGGGCUAAGUGGGAGGAUGGAUGGAGACGAAAACAAAAAAAGGAGGGAUAACGAAGCAAAGGGGCUAAAGGGAGGAGAGCAGAGAAAAGAGGGAGAGCGAGAGAGAGAGAGAAAGUGAGAGAGAGAGAGAGAGAGAGCGAGAGAGCGAAAGAGAGAGAGAGGAAGGAGGAGGGAAAUCUUGAAGGAAUCAUCCACACUAUCAGUAUUUUAAAAAUGGGAAACCAAGUCAACUCAGAGAGAAGGAAAAAAAAUAAGCGUGUCGAAAACCAAGAAAAAUGUGUAAAAUGUAAAUAUUGAUUUUAUUUCGUAAAAGUCUUGAUCUUUGGGGAGUUUUUAGUAUUAUACGUACGUUUUUGUUUUUGUUUAUGUUUUGUUCCGUCUUUUGUUUUCUUGUUUUUCGUUUGUUUGUUGUGCGCAUUUCUCAGGACAGCGGUGAAUGGCAUUAACGUGGCAUGCUGCCACACUGCUACUUGUCCUGUAGGGGUGGGUAAAUGGGGGGUGGGGGGGCGGGUUGACAGGGUGGCCGCAGGUGUGUGGGAUGGGGGGUCACACACACACUAUAGAAACUACCCCACCCCCCUCGAGAAACCUGCCCCCCCACCACCACCACCCUGCCCUCCCCUUUUAGCUGUUUUUUUCAAAGUUUGAUUUCUUAUUUUUUUGUGGUUACAUUUGUCUUUUGUUAUCAGCUCCAAUGCUCCCCAAAUUAGCCUAAAUCACUCCCCUGUCCCCGCCCCAAAAACACAAACAAAAGAUAUCCGUCCCCCUGUUUUUUUGUUGGUCCAACAAGAUUGCAGACAAGCCCUUGAUGCAAAAUUUGAGUAAUGAAAAAAAGGCACCUGUAGUCGAUGUCCCCCGUCCCUGCACACACACAAACACACCCACACAGACCACAUGCCACAAUGCACUACUUUUCUCCCACUACUUCCCCAAAGCCCCCACCAAAACCUCCUACACAGACAUGCACACAGUCACACGCACACACACUGAACUAGCCCUCCUCAGUUUUGGCUGAGGUAUUUUGGGGAGGGAGGGAAGGUAAGAGGAAAGGAGGGAGGGCAGGAGAUGCAUCAGAGAGAGGGGGUGCUAGCUAAAGAGACUGCCCCUAAAUGGAUGUCCCUCUCUCGUCCCCUCUCUCUGUCUCUUACUCUCUUCCUUUCAAUCUUUUGCUCUCUCUCUGUCUCUCCAAUCUCCCUGUGCAGUUUUGAUUUGACCAGGUGCAUGUUGUCCUUUGUCUGUUUUUUUCUCCUUCUCUCCUUCUCUCCUUCUCUCUCUCUCUCUCUCUCUCUCUCUCUCUCUCUCUCUCUCUCUCUCUCUCUCUCUCUCUCUCUCUCUCUCUCUGUUGUAGUUGCAUUCAGGCCCUGGCAGAUCUGUGCUUGGGGACGCAGGCUUGUCGUUGGCCACCACAGGCACCUUGUGGGGUCAGGAAGUAAACGUAGCGUACGGCCCCGUAGAGACUGGCUUAUUCUCUACAGGGUCUUGCAGUCUGGCAUAAGGGAUAAAGCUAUCGUGACUAUUACGAUUAUUAUGAUUAUUAUGAUUAUUAUUAUUACCAUCAUCCUCAUUACAAUUAUUAUUAUUAUUAUCACCACAGAUUACCAUCGCCAUCAACAUUAUUUAUUAAUAUGAUUUCCACCCAUAAGGACUGAAGUAUUAUCAUUUUAUUCUUAAUCUGUGAAUUCAGGUUGACAUGAAUGUAAAGACGAUAUUUUUUAAUUUUAGUUUCUUUUUUUUAUUUAAGUGAAUUAAAUAGUGUGUGUCAUAGUGUAAUAUACGUAUGUCUUAUUUAAGUCCAGUGAUUAAGUGCACUGUUGGCACGGCUGAGUUGGAAACGGAGGGCUGGAGCCAGCGCUGGCAUCCAUUGUGGCAUCAAGACAUUUCAGAGGAAGAGGACACACAAUCGCACACAAACACACACAUGUACAGUAACACACACCAAACGUGCGCACACAUGUCCUCACACACACACACAUACACGCACACACAGUCAAAAACAAACCAUAUCCAAUAUCAAGUGUUGGUGCUUCGAUGGAGAAAGCACCUUACCUUGAUUAGACAUAGGAGUGGAAAAGGAGAAGGCUUACUGCAAAACACCUGCAGAACGAGAAUAUCGACCACAUCACAAGCAUUAGUGCACUCUCUCAAUGCAGUUACCAGUCGAUUGCACCAAGAACAAAAAGAAAUGCAAUAUCCUUUCAACUCCAGCUCCCCAGGGUUUUUUUUUCGUUUGGUUUUGUUUGUUUGUUUGUUUGUUUCUACCUUUUGUUUUGUGUCUUUUUCUUUUUGUUUUUACUUUCUCCAACUUUACCUACCUAAAAGAUCUUCUGAAGGAUAGGUCUCCCAAUACCCGAGGUCCACAAUACACCCCGUCGAUGUUCUCUAGUUCUUCCUCUUAGCAUACUUAUACAGGAGACUAAGCACUUAAGGCCGAAAUUUUGUGACUUCUCUUGAGGACUAAGUACUACUGUUUGCGAACGACGAACAACAAAGAAGUGCAGAACGAGCAGAAACGAACAAAUCUGUUGAUGGUGUGGUGGAAAGGAGCGUGGGUCGUGUUUGAUAAAACGGGAGCUACGUGGUCCCUCCUUGUCGUACGGUUUACUCUCCAUGUAGCUUGUCCUCCGUCAGCGCUCCCUUUGAGUGGUCUGGAGUCCAAAGCUGCAUCUUCAACAUCACGAUUAAGCAUCACGUUUGACUCUGAGACACAAGCAUCCAACCCAGCAAGCCCUUUUUGUGCACUGGCUGUAGGAAUCUGUAGGGUCCUCCUCUACAUAUCUUGAAAGUAUGCUUUUUUUCUAAGCAUAAUCGUCAGCCCCCAUUUCCCACAGAGUAUAAACAUGCUGCUGAACCUCUUUUUUUCUUUUUGUUUAUUUUUUUGUUGUUGUUAUCUUUUCUUUGUUUAUUGAGUUCAGUUUAUUUUUUAACUUUCGGAGUACACUGAAGUUCGUCUUAACGCACUGUGAACUAUGGUUGCCGUUUACUCGGGCCAAAGAAAACAAAAAAUCUUCAGAAAAAAUAAAUAAAUAAAAAAGUUAAUAAAAAAUGUUAAAACUAAGGACAGGGUCUCGUUGCCAUAUCGAAGACUCAUUGGGCAGACAGUAUGCAUGAAGAAAGGGGGAUGCUAAUUUGGAAGUGGGGAAAUACUAGAUGGGAGGGGAUGGGAAGGGAGGGGGAGUCUGGGACUCCAAGCAGACCAGACACCAGAAGGGAGAGACAGUAUGGUGGGAUGUUUACCUAGCAGUGGGGAGCUAGCCAGUGCUAGCCACAGCUAAUUUUGGCCUCAGAAUUCGACAUGGGCAGAGUUGAGAGGAUUGUUCACCGGUUCCUAGGAUAAUGUGUGCUACGGCAUUACAUUAUACAUUAUUCAUUUGGUUGUUUGUUUGUUUGUUUACUUUCUCCCUUUCAUAGUUGGUAAUAUAUCUAUUCAGACAGCUUUUAAUCCUACUACAUCUUCCUGGACGUUUAUCCUUGAAUAAUAUGACAUUUUAAAAGAGGAGCUUGUGCUUCGUUAUUGGCAUACACGUAAACGUCACCUGUGUGAGAGCGAGCACUGGCAGGGGAUGUGGGCAGUCAUCUCAAGAUGAAUGUUUCUCUUCGACAACACAUACAGAUAGAACAUCCGAUUAUGUAUGCAAAAAAGCCACAUUUUUCUGACCAGCUCAGCAAGCCAUUUUUUUUCCUCUUCUCCCCCAAGCGCUAGUCAGCACUUUGUGUGACAAAAAGGCCCAUCUUCAGCAAGCCCCUGUUUCGUAUCUCAAACAGAGAGAUGUGUCCUGACAUUUUUCCCUCUGAACAAAAAAUGAAAACCAAGCAAAAAAUGAAAAGGAAACUGAACCAACACAGUAGAUUUUGAGCUAUGAACCUGAGCAAAGUUGUCAGCCGUAUUCUUCCCCCUUCCGACAAUUUAUCGGCUAAUGUAGUGCAACCCAGUGCCUAGAUGUCCAGCCCCACUCUAUCCAAUUAAACCAAUUCAACCACUCCUGUUAUCAAGAGGGGGAGCACCAAUUGAAUCUGACAUGGCACUGUCUGUGUCUGUCUCAUUCUUUGUGAAUCAAUUGCUGUUUGGGAUUAAAUAAUAAUAAUAAUAAAACUAUAUAUAUAUAUAUAAUGUUGCCAUCACCACCACUGACUGCAAGAGCGCCAGGCAGUAAGUGUGUGGAACUGCAACAAAAUUAGUUAAGGAGGCUUCUUUCUUCCCAUUUUACCGCCAUUCACUUCUCCUCACCGCUCUCCCACGCCUCCCACCACCUUUUCCUUCUGCUCCUCACCACCCCCACGCCACCUCACAGAAACACUUCUCCGGCCUCUUUCUCUGUACCUCUGUGCACACCCUGCCAUUCUGACGCAUCAAUCCUGAGAAACCUUGUCUCCAUUCUCCGUCCGGGUGAGGAUGUCUGGUGUCGCAAUGCAUGACUGCUUGCCCACCCACAAAUCAACAACGAUAGCAGAGCAGAGAAGUAUCUGAUGGAAAUGUAGCAGUUUGGUUUGUUUCUGUUUGUGGAAACAAAGGUAGAGGACAGGACUGUGGUUGGUGUUGUUUCAGUUGUGGAGAAAGACCGGUCCCCUCUUGUCGCUUGGCUAACAGGCUAACAGUUCUAGCUAGCUCAACUAGAUGUGUGUCAGAGUGGGAUGAAUGAGGAAAACUGCUAGCAUGUGCUAUCCACUUAAUGACAGGUGUGUCUCAGGCUCAGGAGUCAAACAGUAACAGCAUGUUUAUUACAACUGGUAUGUUUAAGAUGUAGUUGAAAGCAUGCCGACUAAAAUAAUGAUCUUUAUUCGGCCAUAUGACUACAGGUGCAGUAGGCCUACAGUAUGCCAUCACUGAAUCCAAAAAGAAGGUCUUCAUUGAUUCUCCUACACAGCAAGAAAGGCUGCUCCCACACACACAUAUACACACAUGCAAACAAGGCCCUAAGACAUAGCACACAUACACAUACAAAUAUACAUAUUCAUGGACAGAUUUUGUUUUAAAAGAUGGUAAAGAAGGAAUGUGUUACAUAAGGAGAACUGGACAUUACAACUGUGAUAUCAUAAUGUGAAAAAAAGAUGGUCAGCUGUAGAUUAGGUGCCAACAAAAUAACAGCAAGGAACGGCUUUGUAUUUUUCUAUGUGUAGUGCUAAAAGCACCCUAAACAAACAAUGGGGCGGCAUUGUGUGUUUUCUAAAGGGGAGAACAACGCGUGUUGAGUACUGGAAGCAAUAUUCGUAGUAGCAUGUUGUCCUGUCCCGUCAUUUUAUUGUGUCUGUCGUAGGAGCUUUGGAUUUACAUAGGUGUUGAAUAGGUUUACAUGAUGUACUAUUUUUUAAUUUGUGAAGAUGCUGCUAUUUAAUAAGUGAUGUACUAAAAAUGAAGUUUAAAAAAACAUAUCUGACUCACCAUUUAGAGGGACGUUCUAGUUGCGAGAGGUGUAAUUAAUUAAUAUUGCUAACUACUAAUAAAGAAGUUAACUGUAAUAACAAAACUGAUAAAUUAACAUGUGCCAAAAUAGCUACUUACAGAUCCCAAUCCUGUAAAUGUGUGACCUAACCAUUAGAUUGAACUUUUAUAAGAAAAUGUGAAAAGUGCCAAACAAACCACAUUUGUAAAGUUAAUUAGAGGAUAAUUCAGAGAUAUCAGUUGUCUUUUUCAACUAAUAAGAGUAUUGUUAACAUAAUUGAUGUUUAGUUGUAAGUUUUCCCCCGAGCAAAGUUUUGAUUUUUUUUAUAGAGAGGGUAGCCACCUUGUUAGCCCAACAGUGGAGUUCAGAGCUAGUUAGCAUGAAUGCUAAAUUAACAGGACUGGAGGACUGCCAUGUAGUUAGAUGUGCAUGGUUUAAGUCUAAUAAUUUGUCAGCAUUCUUAAUACAGCAUUUUAUAGUUCUGAAAUUGUAUUUUGUGGAAAUAGAUGUUAUCUUUUUUGCACGUCUAUAUUGCAUGAUCUCACAGUGAAGCGUGAAGAAAACAAACUAAAAAAAAGAACAAAGACUGAAAAAUCCUACAAAAAGAUGAUUAGGCAGUGUGUGUUGUUCAUUUUAAAGACAAAUCUUUGCAUGCCUACAAGAAUAGAGCGUUUCAAUUUGCUUUCAAGAGAUUUCUUUUUCCACAACAUUGUUUCUGCUAAGACUAAGAUGAGAGAAUUGUAAUCCAUCCAAUUUAGGCAGCACCAAAAUAGCUCUGACAAGUGGCAGUGUUUCCUGAAAAUAUGGUGUUGCUAAUGUUUUAACGCCAUUCGACAUGGGUUGAACAUAUGAACAAAAUCGAUAAGUAAGUUCUAUGUUUUUUACGUAAAGUUCAGCUUCUUUGUAUUUCUCUAUAGUUGUUUAUUAACUGUUUGAAGAAAAUGGGUUUGAAACUGCUGUCUUUUUUUGAACACUAAAACCCAGAUCUUUAGUGAAUGUACCCACCUCAGCAUAAGUUUGCAUAUCUCUCUUUCGAUCAUAAGUCUACAUUGUCUAUACAUGAACGGGAGGGACUGUACAUAGCCUACUAGUGUCAGUCUCUGGCUUGAGCUGUCUGAGCUGGUUGAUCAUCAGCAACCCCUAUAAGCAUGAUCUGAAGCAUUAUCAUUAACGAUAAUAUGCACUUUAUAUUGCUUUGCCUGACAUGCAUUCAAAAGCAGGAACCCACCUUCCUCUUCUCCAUACACACAUACUGUACAGUACUUGUGUUGCUGGCCUCAGUUGGAGUUCACACAUCUGCUAUGCUGGUGGAGAGUUUGGAUGCGUUGUUGGCUUCAGCGUUGACAGGUGUUCUCCACUACUGCUCAGCUUCUUUUUUUUUUUUUGCUCAGAAAAAUGGGUUUCGACAUUGGCCUACAUUUUUGCACUCAUCAAAAUUUUGUGAGCUGCUCUUUCUGCGAUCCUCACCCCUCAAAAGCGGUGAAAAUAAUUAUGCAUGUUUUACAGGGUGGAAGAUGUCAAACAAAAAAAAUUAGACACUUGUUGUAAAAAUCUGUUGGCUUCCCCCUGGUUGCUUGCAGCUGAGCAGUGGAUUUUAAUGAAGUGCUGUCUUUGUUUAGCGCAAAGAGAUUGGCACUAAAAUCUAAUGGGUGGUUUAAAGUGAUCACAGACUGCGGGAAACCCAAACCAGCUCACAUGCCAUAAACACCCUUGUUAAAAAACUUCACAAAGCUGACCAGUAACGAGAGCAUAUUUAUUGUUUCUUAGGGGGGAUUUAAGUUUGUUUUGUCUGGUUAUUUUUUUGUAUACAACCCCCCCGCACCUUGUUGACUUUUUACAUCAUUUCUCUGUUUGUUUACUUACAAACAGGGGGGUAAAUGUGCCAAAACAAGGCGAGAGCCACAUUUAAAAAAAAAAAAAAAAAGAACAUCAUCAUCCUUUUGUUUUUCCACUUUGUCCAUGUUGUGUCUGAGUCAGGCAGGUGCCUGAGCUUCGUAGACGUUCACAUAGUUCAUGUGAGUGUGGAGAAGUGGAAAACAAACAUUGAAAACAGAAAGCAUCUCAACUCUUGAAUAGAAAACGAUUGUGAGAAUUUAGUUUUGUUUACGCAUAGAAGUCGAUGGGUUAUGUCUCUACGUACUGCCCGGCUCUGGGAACACAGAGCAAGUGGCAUCGCGCGUAUGCAUGAAAAUCUAGCAGGGUUUAGUUUUUUUGUUGAUUUUUUAUUAAUCUGUGUGUACGUACGUAUGUCUGCAUAACAGUGAGAUGAGUUUGUAACGAUAAAUGCAAACUUAUGGUUUGUCAGGAGUUGGGAGGCGUCAUUGCUAUUCUGUGGGUUAGCAACAGGAGUUUAGACCACCACCCCCCCCACCACCUCCACCACCACCACCACCCCCACAAGCCCCCCCUUCCCCCUAUACCACCUCCAAUCCUCACCCUCCCUUCCUCCCCACGCCACGCCACACACCCACUGCUCUCCUCCAACCUUCUCAGCCUCCGACCUCACGGAGUCAUGGGUUACUCUUCAGCUUGCACCCAUUGAAGCACCAGCAAAGUUAGACUGCAUAACGUCAUAUCACUGUUCAGUUCUCUCGCUCUCCAACUCUUCGUUUUGUUUACAGUUGUUGUUGUUGUUGUUGUUGUUGUUCUCCUGUUUAUUUGUUUCCCCUUUUUUUGCUUUGUAUGAUGCUCUCUCUCUCUCUAACCUAGACCAACUAUAUAACAAAAUGCCAUCCAUAUACCCUGUUUACUCUCCCACCUGUGCCCUUUCCACACACUUUUCUUCCCUGUUUUGCACUUUUUCACUGCCCCCGUCUCCUCCUCCUCCUCCUACUCCACUCCUCCUUUUUCAAACCACUACCUUACCCACCAAACACUUCUGCCCUGCCUCUCUCUCGCCGCCCACCUUGACCACGACCACCACGCCCCUCCCACUUUGCACCCCUCUCCCCCUCUUGCCCGAGUGCCAAACGAAACAAAACAAAACAAAAAAAACCAGAACCAUUCCAAAUGUUUUUUGAGUUUUUAUUUUUUAUUUUUGUUCUCUUGUGUGUUGGACAUUCGCAUCGGACCUCCUCGCCUCUCUUCAUGAAGCCAGCAUGUCCCUCCAUAACAUGACGUCAGCCAUGGCGCCUAUACGCAUCACCCCCCCUCCCCCCCACUCCCUUACAAAACAAACAAAAAAAGAAUACAGAAUUGUUUUUUUUCUUUUUCUUUAAUUCACCACCACAACCACCAACCAACCACAAACCACCAACCACCCCACCGCAAACCACUGGAUUAAACCGUAACCGAAACAAAACAAAAAAAACAGUGAGCAAGCAAAGCAGAACAGAACAGGACAGAACAGACAAACAAACAAACAAACAAACAAACCAACCAACCAACCCAAAGGCUGGCUACCUCUCAUCACCUGCUUUCCCCUUAAUUCUCUGCCAUCUUCUUCAGUCUCCAGGACUUCAUUAUUGAUUGUGUGCCAUACUGCUGGGGGAACCUGUCACACCCCCGUCCCGUCCCUUACCCCACCUUACCCCCCUCCCCUCUCACCCCCCCCCCCCCCCCAAAUCUCUCCAUUUCAGUUUGAUGGGAAAGAUAUACUCUUAACACAACAAAAAAAUCCUCCAUCUCUCCAAUGACUAUUGUUUCUUUUUGUUUGUUUCUUUGCCAUUAAAACACACCCUCCAAAAAAAUGGUUUGAGGAGUGUAACCGCUCGCCGUGCAGUCAUCUCCUGUCGUCUGAACUUUGAACUUUCACCCCUUCAUGAACUCUGUAAUGACCUUUUUUCCCUUCUAUGUUCAUCCAGCUGUACGGACUCCGAUUUCUCCAUUCCAUCCCCAAACCUCUGUGAGACUGUGCAAUUCUAGUUGAUAAGAUUGGAUUUCUUUCUUUCUUUCUUUCUUGCUUUCUUUUAUUGGUUUGUUUUUGUUUCUGUUGUUCCUCGUCAUUGGGUCAUUAUCAAAGAUAAAAAGGAUUUAAAGAGAAAAAAACAAAGCUAAAGGAAAAAAAAUACAAAACUACACAGACAGAUUACAUAAACUGUUUCUCCAUAACAUCAUUUUUCUCUCAUUGUAAAUAUAUUUUGUUGUCAGGUUUUGCUGAACUGUAAGGAGAAGAAGAGUGGUUAACAGAGUGGGGCCGGUAGCAUAAAAAUAUGCUUUGUGGAACUAGUAAGAUUUCAACGUUCAGUAGCAAAUAGUCGGAUGCUUUCGCACCUGCGCUCACCUCUUCAUCCCCCUUGAAUGAGGCCGGGACACCACACUGGGAUCACAUCAGACAUUACUCAUAUCCCCUUCUCACCCACCCACCAUUCACGGGCACCGCAUUCCCCCAAAACACCACGGGGCCAAUUGGAAAGGAGGGCGGGAUUGUUCAAUAGGCUUUGCUGGAGCGGAGUAACACACAUACUGUACAUACACACGCACACACCCUCCAACAGCAGUCACCAUCCACUCCAAUUCAUCGUGAUUGCUAACCUUUCCUGGAGCUUGGCAAGCUGGGUCUGUUGCUUGUGUGCCUGAUGCAUGAUAGAUCUAGGCCACCACCAUCAUAGAAAAAAACAACGCUAGUCUGAAACGCAACCAUCCAAAGCCCUCUGCACAAAACUGCUGGAGGCCG